AUGAGCCUUAGCAAAGAAAAGUUCUACGCACAUCGUACCAUCCAGGAGUACGCGGAGGCGAUACGAUGGAUCAUCUCCGACUUGGGGCACAGUUGGGCGACAAGAGUUUGUCGUAGGACGGCAUACGACGCUAGUUGCCCGCCCUCUCUGUGUUUGCGUUGCUGGGAGAGGCUCUUCGGGCCCCAUGGCUGGCUCGCCAAGGCACUCACCUCACCGUCGUACCGCAAGUUAAGGCGAAAGUGUGAAUACCAGCAGAGUUUCCAGGAGCUCGAAGGCGCUGACAGGGACGGCUGCCAUUGGUGUAGCUUUGUCCUCCGCGAAUACCAUAACGUGCCACAAGCGGAAACUACCAACAUCUCCCAACCCAUCAAAAUCAAAGUAGAGAUCUGGAAGCGAGUGAAUAUGAAUGGCCACCUGCAGUCGCUGAGAUUGACUUUCGCCGAAGAGGAACGUCUGGGGUAUUUCUUCUACGCUGAGCACGAUGACCCCGCAGCUAGUUUCAUCUUUGCAAGAAGCGAAAUCCACGACGUGAACUCGCCUCGGGCCCAAUCACUGGGCAAGGAGGCCAUCGAAAAUUGCAUACGCAAUCACCCUGGUUGUCCACGACUGGCUGCGAAUAACCCGCUGCUUCCCACUCGAGUCAUUGAUUGUCAGGAUCCAGCGUAUCCGAAGCUGGUCGAAACUGACGGCCGCCACGAGCAGUACAUCGCCCUAAGCUACGUUUGGGGAGAACCGCAACCACAUAGUACGACUACGGACAAUCUUGCAAGUUAUCUCAACGGUAUUGACGCCCAAAGUCUUCCCAAGACCAUCUGCGACGCCAUAGCCACGGUUCAUGCAUUCGGCAUGCGAUACCUCUGGACAGACACCUUGUGCAUCAUACAAAAUUCCGAUAAGGACCAGAUUCGCGAGCUGCGUCACAUGGCACGAAUUUAUGCGUCAGCCUAUUUCACCAUCGUCGCUGGGAGUGCUCGAAAAGUCAGCGAGGGAUUCUUACACUCGCGCUCACCGCCAUCGCGGGGUGAUCCUUCCUUCAAGAUCUCUUGUCCUACUCACGCCAAGGCAUUUGGGACGUUCUCCCUGGGGCGCGAUAUCAACUAUUAUCGUCAAGAACUCCAGGAGUUUUCGACUGACGCUGAUCCCGUUCACAGUCGUGGCUGGUGCUUGCAGGAAAUUUUCCUCUCGCAGAGAACUCUGGUUUACACAUCACGGACUCUGCAAUAUCAUUGUCAGACAGAGGUGAUCAACAUUGGCCGCUCGGUCUACCAAUCCGAUCGUUUCUCCGCCACACCCAAAUACUGGAGCCUAUCGUAUCUUGCUGAGCAUGACUGGGAGACGCCAUUGACCCCAGGGCCGAUGCUUGUGGGAUCACCGUGGGAGAGAUAUGCGUCUGGCGUGCUUGAAGGCUGGGCGAAGGUCCUCCGGGAGUACACACGGCGCUCAGUCACCGUGUCCACGGACAAAUUCCAUGCAAUUUCGGCUAUCGCAGAGCGCUUCCACCAGUUCCGAAAGAGCCAUUACUUAGCGGGAUUAUGGGAGGACACGCUCCUCUUAGACCUCCUCUGGACAACCGUCACUGACGUGGCAUCGAACCGCCCCAAGGACUACAGGGCACCCUCGUGGUCCUGGGCAGCACUCAAUAAUGAAGUUAAAUUGUACGCGAUGCUACAUUUCAGGGAUGUACAGUUCUGCGGUGGUGCGAGAUGUGAGGUGGAGCUGAAGACUACGGCGCUUCCCUUUGGGGAGGUGGUGUCGGGGGAGGUGAUCUUGCAGGCGUCGAUGUUGCCAGUCGUUUUAGGGAACACUAUUUCUGAUUACGGUGCUCUCAAGCUGGAGCUCUACACAAUAUGGCCACAGACGACGCCGACGACGUACACGCCGAUUGGAGACGCGAUACUUGAUGAUUACGAAGACGCAGGACUCGUCGAUAUAUGGGCCGUUCCGAUAUUCUUCAGCCCUAAGAGGGAUCUGGUGGAGGGCUUGCUCCUCGUACCUGUAAGCCCGAGCAACACCGCAGGUGUGACGUAUCGACGGAUAGGACGAUGGUCGGUCCCUCAGUAUUUUCCAGAGGAUCCGGAACGUGGGUAUGCCUAUCCGUCGUGCAUUCACGAUGCUCCGCUUGUCGAGAUUGUGAUUAUCUAG